AUGCUGCGCUGGCUGCGGGGCUUCGUGUUGCCCACGGCCGCCUGCCAGGAUGCGGAGCCGCCCACGCGCUACGAGACCCUCUUCCAAGUCCUGGACCGCAAUGGGGACGGCGUGGUGGACAUCGGCGAGCUGCAGCAGGGGCUCAAAAACCUGGGCAUCCCGCUGGGCCAGGACGCCGAGGAGAAAAUUUUUACAACUGGAGACAUCAACAAAGAUGGGAAGCUGGAUUUUGAAGAAUUUAUGAAGUACCUUAAAGACCAUGAGAAAAAAAUGAAAUUGGCAUUUAAGAGUUUGGACAAAAAUAAUGAUGGAAAGAUUGAUGCUUCAGAAAUUGUCCAGUCUCUCCAGAUACUGGGUCUAACUAUUUCUGAAAAGCAAGCAGAGUUGAUUCUCCAAAGCAUUGACGCUGAUGGGACAAUGACAGUGGACUGGAAUGAAUGGAGGGACUACUUCUUAUUUAAUCCUGUUACAGAUAUUGAGGAAAUUAUCAGAUUCUGGAAACAUUCUACCGGAAUUGACAUAGGGGAUAGUUUAACUAUCCCGGAUGAAUUCACGGAAGAUGAGAAAAAGUCUGGACAGUGGUGGAGGCAGCUUUUGGCGGGAGGUAUUGCUGGUGCCGUCUCACGAACAAGCACCGCUCCUUUGGAUCGCCUGAAAGUCAUGAUGCAGGUUCAUGGUUCAAAAUCAAUGAACAUAUUUGGUGGCUUUCGGCAGAUGGUAAAAGAAGGAGGUAUCCGUUCCCUUUGGAGAGGAAAUGGCACAAAUGUCAUUAAAAUUGCUCCUGAGACAGCUGUUAAGUUCUGGGCAUAUGAACAGUACAAGAAGUUGCUUACUGAGGAAGGACAAAAGAUAGGAACCUUUGAGAGAUUUAUUUCUGGUUCCAUGGCUGGAGCAACUGCACAGACUUUUAUUUAUCCCAUGGAGGUUUUGAAAACCAGACUUGCUGUAGGCAAAACUGGCCAAUAUUCUGGAAUGUAUGAUUGUGGCAAGAAGAUUUUGAAACAUGAAGGCUUAGGAGCUUUUUACAAGGGUUAUGUUCCCAAUUUAUUAGGCAUCAUACCUUAUGCGGGCAUAGAUCUUGCUGUGUAUGAGCUCUUGAAGUCACAUUGGCUGGAUAAUUUUGCAAAGGACUCUGCCAACCCUGGCGUCAUGGUGUUGCUGGGAUGUGGUGCCUUGUCCAGCACCUGUGGCCAGCUGGCCAGCUACCCCUUGGCUUUGGUGAGGACCCGCAUGCAAGCUCAAGCCAUGGUAGAAGGAGCUCCACAGCUUAACAUGGUUGGCCUCUUCCGAAGAAUAAUUUCCAAAGAAGGAAUACCAGGGCUUUACAGAGGCAUCACCCCCAACUUCAUGAAGGUGCUCCCUGCUGUAGGAAUCAGUUACGUGGUAUAUGAAAAUAUGAAGCAAACUUUAGGAGUGACUCAGAAAUGACACUGAAGUUUUUGCUUCAGAAUGACUAUUGAAACUUUCAACAGUCUCUUGAAUGACUCCUCCUAGAAUUGCAACAUGUUUAUGGCAAAAGAAACUGUAUUUUUUUUCCACAAAAUGGAAGAGCAUAUCAUCAGUCACUUCAACUAUUUGGGCUCAAUUUUAUGUAUAAAAAAAUCAUGGUUUAAAUAGGUUUUGAAAAAGCGACACAGUUGUACUUUAUCUUUUCUGAUUUGCCCUUCUGCAGAUUUGUGCCCUGAAUCCUCAAUCUGAAAAUGUGUUCCCUUGAACUAAAUUUGCUUUGUGUGGAAUAAAAAAUAAGUAAAGGAAUUGUUGUCUUUAAAAAUGAUCAGACAACAUUGAGACAUGUUUUAUAUAUUUUGAAUGCCUUUGUAGACUUAAAAUUUUACUUACAGGGCCAUUAAUAGAAAAUCACUGUACUUAAAAUAUACUGUACAGCAGCUAAAUAAGUGUAGGGUUUAUAUCCUUAUGUUUCUUCAAGUGGAUUAGGAAUGAACAUAAGUGCCAGAAUUUAUAAUGAAGGGCAAUAAAGUAAUUUAUUUCAGUGGA